AUUACCUUUAACAACAAGUUUUAAGGUUAGGGUUCUUUAUUUUGUUCCAUCCUGUGAUGACAAUUUACAUUUGAAAACGUUAAGGAAUGUCUCUCAGAUGACGUAAAAUGUCAAGUCUAAUUUAGAUGAAGUGGUAGUAACAUCAUGGCAGUGAUGGGGGACUUCAAGCAAAGGUUUUCAGGACUGCUAAACAAAUUGGGGAACCAAUCAAGAUUAUCACUGAGCAGUCCUUCUGAGGAGAUUCUAAAGCCGAUCACAAGUGAAAGCAAUGUUAAUACUAUCAAGAAGGAGGACGAGAAAUCUCUCGAACACCCCAUUGAAAUUCUGUCUGACGAUGAAAUUUUGGAGGCAGUAGAGAAAGAUUACUUCAAAGAUACAGGUUUUGAUCCGAGCAGGCACGAAUUGAAGAAAAUUGGUCCAAAGCUUAAUUGUGAAGAAAUUUUAGUUCAAUCUGAACGACUUCAUAGACAACAGAAAGUUGUAUCCAAAAAGGUGUUGUCACAAAUUCUAACGAAUCAAAGGGCCUGUAAUGAGGAAUUUGAAAGAAUUCAAAAUCUGCAAUCGCUCCUGCGAGAAACAUUGAUUAUCUGUCGAGAUGGGCGGUCCAAACUGAACAUGGGUAAACAGCAGCUAACCACCACAAGUUUAGGCAUACUUGCUAACUACCGCAAAAGACAAUUACUCCGAGAUCUACUGAAUUCGUUGAAUACUAUUAAAACACUUCAAAGAUCUGAGGAGCACAUCCAGGUUUUAUUGAGUGAAAAUAGGUAUGAAGAUGCAAUCAGCCAAUUGCUUGAAUGUCAGUCUGCUGCUGCUUCUCUGCGGCGUUUCGCUUGUGUAGCAGCUUUGAGUGGUAAGCUUCAAGAUACACUAGUCAUGACCGAAGAACAACUGGAUGUGGCUUUAGGAAAGAUUUGUGAAAAAUUUGAUGAAACAUUAUAUGGGCAGCUGCAAGCAGCCUAUGCCCAGUUAGGCAAGACUCAAGCUGCAAUGGAUCAACUACAUAUGCAUUUUACAUCUGCUAUCCAGAACACAGCUCUGAAAGUUAUUAAGAAUUUUGUAGGCAAAUCUGUACAGGGUGCAAUUACCAGUGGCAAGCAAUACAAUGAGCUGUGUAAGAAUGUUAAAGAAGAAAAUUUCAUUCCUUGUUUACAAGAGCUAUGCACAAGUUUAUGGAGAAUUGUUUGCAGUCAUCAUAGAGUUGCUCUUUGGCAUCAGAAACAUUUACUUGACAGCAGCUCAGCAAACAAGGGGACUGAAUUGGAAGUGAGCUUCACAAAUGAAUACAUCCGACAGAAAAUGGAAAGCAUGCAAGCUAGAAUAUGGCAUGAUGUGCAAGCUCGCUUUUCUACUUACCUCUUUUCAAGUGACCUAGCUUCAUUCAAAUUUGACAACUUUCUUCAAGUCUUGGGUCUUGUGCACAGAUUAAUGGAAGUUGGAGAAGAGUUCUGUGGCAGUCAGUCAGAAGAACUGCAGAAGUCAGUUAGACUGCAAAGUGAAAAUUAUUUUGGAAAAUAUCACGUAGGUUGUUUGGAGGAGCUUCGUAUUUUCCUAGAAAAUGAAAGCUGGACACAUUGCCCUGUGAAGAAUGACUUCUCGUGCCUACAGCUUCAGGAAUUUCGCUCUUUGAGAGGUGUAAUUCAAAAUAUUCACCUGCAUGAGCAACAGAAGCUACAACAGAGCCCAGACAGUAGUAACCAAUCCCAGGAUGGUAGUUCAGUUGCUGGAGGAUUCUUUGCUAAAUUUGCAGAAUCUGGCACUCCAUUUGAUUUAACAACCUUUGAUUUGCAAGAAGAGGACAUUCUUGCAAACAUUAUUGAUGAGCCUUCUGGAUACUUCAGUGAUGAUAGCGAUGAGGAUGUUCCUGAAGAGCUGAGAGGGGAUUUUGUUGAUGAAGGUCAUGGUGAAAAUACAAUGCAUUCAAGCGAGGAGCUUGAAGUUCAGUUUGAAAACUGUGAACGUGUACGUUUUGAACCCAAAAAGGCAACUAGAGGAACCAAAGGACGCUCUCGGCCGCCACAGGGCCCAUUACUUACAAAUACUACAUUAACUGUUUUAAGGCAUUGUGGAAAGUAUUUACAAAUGAGUCGACUAUUACGCACUGUUGCAAUGGAUGUCAUAAUAUGCUUGACCCAGCUCUUUCAGUAUUAUCUUUAUGCAGUGCACACAUUCUUCACAUCUGAUUUGACUGUUGAUCAAUCAAGCCUAUACAGUAUAAAACUUCAAGCUACAUUAAAACGAAUUAACACUGACUUAAUUCGUCCAGAAAAACUUCCAAAUAGUCUUCAACAAAUAAGUCAUGAUGACAAAAAAAAGGUGCCUCAACCUCACAUAUCUCCCAUUGUUAAUCUAAAUAAUGCAGAAAGCUUAUUUGGGUUAUCAGAACGUGUAGUGGCUGUUGAAUCUUUAAUAUUCUUGGCAGAGCAACUGGAUAGUCUGCGACCUUACUUGGAAUACUUGGUCCGUCAUGAACCAAGGAAACACUUGGUUCAACAAUUUUAUUUACAAAUGGUCAGUGUGGCCUCCGACUUGAGAUUACCUGUAUAUGCUUGCAUAUCUUCAAGGACACUUGAUCUACGCUCCAUGUUAAACAUGAUGGGACGUGUUAAUUGGGAAAUAAAAGAGGUUUCAAGUCAACACAGUCAGUAUGUUGAUUUCAUUUUGCGGGAGAUGCAGAUUUUUAGUAUGCGUUUAGAGGAGGUGGCCUCUCAUUUAUUCAUUUCCAAAGAUGUCUAUGAUACCCUAUGGGAAGCUUUAAUUAUUGUUUGCUGUAACACUUUUGUAGAAGGAUUUUCUAAUGCAAAGAAGUGUGCAACUGGUGGGAGAGCUCUUAUGCAACUUGAUUUUACUCAAUUUACUUCAAAGCUCCAAAAACUUACUACCUUACGUCCUAUUCCGUACAAGGAGUUUGUUGAAGUUUAUGUUAAAGCUUACUACCUCCCAGAAGAACUUUUAGAAAAAUGGAUUCGAGAACACACGCAAUACUCAAGUAAACAUCUUCUAACUCUUGUGCAUUGCACUUGUCAAAAUAAUAAGAAGACUCGCCAAAGACUGUCAGGUGUCAUUGAAGAGCUUGAACGUCUUGGUUCAAUUAAGUAGAAUUUUCGUAUAUCAAAGGUUUUCAAUUUUAAAAUCUCUACAAGAGGAACUGAAAAUGAAACCCAUUUUAUUUAAGUUGAAAGGAUCUUAAUUAUCCUUGUUAAGAAAGAUGUAUGCACUCUAUGAAUACCAAAAUGUUUUUCUAAUGUCAUUUUGUGCACUAUUAUCAGUGAAGUUUUGACCGUGAUUUAUAUUUUUUGGGUCCAUUUUGAAUACUCUGUGAUUUUUACUGAUAGUUUUCAAUCUGAUUUACAUUAUGUACUUAAACUUUUUGAAUAAGCACUUUGGCCUGAGUUAAUGCUCAUUACAGAAACUACUUUGAUUUUUAAGGGUUUCAUGGAAGUGAGUACAUUUGCAUGCUCCCUUCCAUAGAAAAAUUACUUAGUCAUUUGGUUUAGAUCUGUUUCCAAGUUAUCUGUCUAAUUUUUGGAGGGCUACUAGUAGUAGGUUCCUUAAGUUAGAUUGUCUGUCAAAUCUAGAGAGAGAAAUAAAUGCUUAGUUAUAACUUUUUUCUUUCUGUGAAUACUCAUUCAUUGUGUUUUUAGUGUUCAAAUAAGCAUGACAUGCAAUUUGGGGGGUAAUGAUCUGAUUAGUUUGUAUGCUGUUGAAUGAAUAAUAUUUUUUUUUUAAAGUGGAGAUGGUGUAGGCAAGGCAUUCCAUAUUUUGUUACUGAAUUCAUCCACACAAUUUGGAGUUCCUUUUAAAACUUUUUCCCCCAAGGCUGAUUGGCUGCAUGACAUGGUAGUAGAAACUUCCACAUGGAUUUUUCUGCAUUAUAAAUUUUAGCAUGUACUUGAUUAUAUUAAUGAAAUAAUUCUGAUUUUGAUACAUAAUCUGUAAAUAAUACUGUGCAUGACAGUAUGAUGAUUGUGGUGGUAUGUUUAGUAAAAGCGUGUUCCCUCAAUGUAUGCUAUUUGCAUGGUUCAAGAAUUUAAUUGUUAUACUACUAAGCAAAUGAAAAUGUCAGAUUUUUAACAAUAUGUAUGAGAUGUUACUGUAUUUAUUUUUGUUAUGUGUAUCAAAAUGUAUGUUAUCCUUACACCACCUUUUAUCAAAGGGUGGUAAUUGUUGUCAUCUGUUGAAGAUGUACUGACUUAUCAUUCAUACUGAUUUGUUGACUUUCAUGUGGCAUGGCUAAAACUGAACUCACAUUCCCAAUGUAGAUUGAUAUGAAAAAGAAUAUUAGAAUACAUUUAAGCAUAUUGUGUUUUUAUCCAAAA